AAAUCUCCCUGGAAGAAAUGCAUUCAUCAUUCCCAACUUCAAUUGAUCUGAAAUUCUUUUUCUUCCAUUGUUUUGUUUCCCCAACCUUCCAUGGCAAACCCAGAGGAAAACAAGCACGUGGCAGUGUUCCCUUUCCCAUUUAGUAGUCACAUUUUGCCUGUGUUCAACCUAGCUCUCAAACUAGCUCAUGCUCUUCCCACCUCUUCAUUCUCAUUCAUCACCACAGAAAACAGUAUGAGCACCCUUUCCUCAAGCUUCAAAACCAAACCAGACAACCUCAACCUCUACACCGCAAUCAGUGACGGAACCCAAGAGGGUCACAGCUACAACCCCAUAGAAAUAGUAGAACUCUUCCUCCAAACCGGUCCUGAAAAUUUCCAAAAGGGUUUAGACAUUGCAGUUGCAGAGACUAAAAAGCCAGUCACAUCCAUUAUUGCGGACGCAUUUGUAACCCCUACCUUCGACGUGGCGCAAGCCCUUAACGUUCCAUGGAUUCCUGUUUGGAUUCCAGUUUCAUGCUCACUCUCUGUGCAUUUCUAUGGUGACAAAAUAAGGGCACAUGUCAACAUUAAUAAAAGUAAAACCCUUGAUUUUCUUCCUGGUUUGCCUAUGUUACGUGUUGAAGAUUUACCACAUGAUGUGCUGAUGAGUGGAACUGAGAAAGAGAAUGUGCUUACAAAGACACUUGUUUCACUUUCUUGGCUACUACCACAAGCUAAAGCACUGGUUGUGAGUUUCUUUGAGGAACUCGACCCACCUGAUUUUGUUCAUGACAUGAGAUCUAAUUUACAGUCUAUGCUUUAUGUGCCACUUUUUACCACUCUUUCACCACCAAUACCCAUGGAUGAUGAUGCAACUGGAUGCUUGUCAUGGCUUGACACGCAACAAGCAGGUAAGUCAGUGGUGUAUGUUAGCUUUGGAACCACUGUGGUUCAGCCACCACAACACGAGCUUGUUGCAAUUGCAGAGGCAUUAGAAGAGAGUGGGUUUCCAUUUAUUUGGUCUCUGAAGGAUAAUUUGAAGGGUCUUCUGCCAAAGGGGUUCAUUGAGAGGACCAGCACGCGUGGCAAAGUGCUACCAUGGGUGCCUCAAGCGAGAAUCCUGAGCCAUGGUAGCGUAGGAGCGUUUGUGAGUCAAGGUGGGUGCAACUCUACCAUGGAAGGGAUGUCAAAUGGGGUGCCUAUGAUCUUCAGGCCUUACUUUGCUGAUCAAGGUAUGAAUGCCAGAUUGGGACAAGAUGUGUGGGGGAUUGGUAUCAUAAUAGAGGGUAGGGAGUUCACCAAAACUGCCUUGCUUAACAGCUUGAAUCUCAUUCUGGUCAAGGAAGAGGGGAAAAAGUUUAGAGAAAAUUGCUCCAAGAUGAACAAGAUUAUACAAGAUGCUGCUGGACCAAAAGGAAGUGCCGUACAGGAUUUCAAGACUUUGGUGGACUUAAUUUCAAGCCCAUGAUGAGGGUGCAUUAAUAAAUAAUCAUAUUCGCAUAUAUUAAUUGUUUUUAUGUUUGCUAUGUAUGAGUGUCAUCAAUCAUCAUUCAUUCAAGUCAGGGGCAACUUGUUUAAUUUCCUGGUUUUUCCUUUUUCAUUUAAUUUCAUUGACUUGUUGUAACCAAAAAAAAUUUCAUUG